GGAUUGAGCAGUGAAGAAAGUGAGGCUAUAAGAAAGGCUUUUGAUCGCACGGACUAGAGCAUCACAUUCUACAGCGGAUGCUUUUGUGUUUUGCUUAGAGUUGCAGCAGAGUCGAAUAUUUUUGUAGUCUGAGAGAGAUUCGAACCUGGGGCGAGUCAUAAGAUGGAUUUUCAGAUUUUGAUGAUAUGGGUAGUGUUGUUAUGGGUAUCCUGCGGCAAUGUACAAAUCGUCAGAGCAGGAUUGCACAGUAAUUCUUCCUCCGCUGUGGAACAAGACCCCGACAGUGUGGCAAGGAUGGUUCAAGAGAGCAUUAACAGUACGAGACGAGAUCUGGCUUAUUUGUCAUGCGGGACUGGCAACCCCAUUGAUGACUGCUGGCGGUGUGACCCUAACUGGCAGCGUAACCGCAAACGGCUUGCCGACUGCGCCAUUGGGUUCGGCAGGAACGCCAUUGGAGGCAAAAAUGGUCGAUUUUAUAUUGUAACUGAUCCUGGCGAUUAUGACGCGGUUAAUCCUCGACCUGGUACUCUGCGUCAUGCGGUUAUCCAGACUGAACCUCUGUGGAUCGUUUUUCAGAGAAGCAUGCUCAUUCAGCUUAAAGAGGAGCUCAUUAUGAACAGUUUCAAGACAAUUGAUGGCAGGGGCGUCAAUGUUCAUAUUGCUUAUGGCCCCUGUAUAACCGUUCAGUAUGUGACAAACAUUAUCAUUCAUGGAAUUCAUAUCCACCAUUGCAGACCGGCUGGUAAUGCCAUGGUGAGAUCUUCGCCUACUCAUUAUGGGUGGAGAACAAUGUGUGAUGGCGAUGGGGUGUCGAUUUUUGGUGGAAGCCACAUUUGGGUCGACCAUUGCUCGCUUUCCCGUUGUGCAGAUGGUCUCAUUGAUGCUAUCAUGGGAUCCACUGCCAUUACCAUUUCUAAUAAUCACUUUGCCCAUCACAAUGAGGUGAUGUUGCUGGGUCAUAGUGACUCCUACACAGCUGAUACCAAUAUGCAAGUGACCAUUGCCUUCAACCACUUUGGGAAAGGUCUUGUGCAGCGAAUGCCCAGAUGUCGACAUGGAUAUUUUCAUGUGGUGAACAAUGACUACACGCACUGGGAAAUGUAUGCCAUUGGCGGUAGUGCAAAUCCCACCAUUAACAGCCAAGGGAAUCGAUACCUGGCUCCUGUGAAUCCCUUUGCUAAAGAGGUAACGAAACGGGAGAAUUUCAACACAGGUGAAUGGCAGCACUGGAACUGGAGAUCAGAAGGAGACCUGCUGUUAAAUGGGGCUUUCUUCACACCAUCUGGAGCAGGGGCAUCAUCAAGCUAUGCAAAAGCAUCAAGUUUAGGUGCAAGGCCAUCUUCAAUGGUGAGAAGCCUUACAGGAAAUGCAGGACCCCUUUCUUGUAGGGCCAGAGCUCACUGUUAAACACAAAUGGAGAUUAUUCUCUUCUGUUCCAUUUCAGCUACUACGUCUAUUUCUUCAAAAGUUCUGUCAUUGCUUUAUUCACCUACUUUCCCAAUUGUACCCUAUAUUGUUUGGAGGAGUAUUUUCAAAACGAUUACAUACAUAUCGUCUCCCCAACAACUUACUUUAAUUUGAAGCAACUGAAAGCUAUUCAAAACACUAACUGUGCGAAUGCUAAAAUGGUAUCAUACCAAGCAGUAGUGCAGAAGUGUUAUUGUUGUUAAUGGAAUUCUUAUAUUCAAUCGAAAAGCAUAGAAUUCCAUUC